AUGGUUACGUUCUAGCUGGUAAGUGGGGCCAUUCAGAUGUGGUAAUCGGUGUAGAGACGGACAACAUGGAGUUCCUUGGCUGCGUGUUCAUAAACUCUGGCAGAAUAGUUACAGGAUGUGUCGACAUCUCAGACGAUUCAGUGAUUAUACAAUGGGAAUCUGGUCAGACUUGGACUAGGAAUAGAGAUGAGGAGGCUAGUGAUGAGCCAGCUUCUUGA